GUGAUUUAUUUGAAUCGAUCAAGUAAAUCAAAUACAUUUUGUUAGAUAAAAGAUGCACCCAAGCUGGGUCAUAAAUAUUAAUGAUGUCUGAUAUUUCUUAAUUAUGUAAAGAGGGCUGGCGCUCAUUACAGUUACUCAUUAUAAUUCACUUUGUCCAAAUAUGGGUUUAUUUUUGGAACUUUGGUAUCUGAUGGAUUUUCAUGGAUUUUGAAAUGGAUCACGUCUGGUUCCCACUCCCCUGCUUCCACCCACCUGAAGUUAAGAUGUCUAGAAUGAGAAAUUAUGCUACAGACCAUGCAAAUAUAAUUAUAUAUCAGCAGUUACAAAGCCUCUCCCCAGUAAAACAGACUGAGGGGCUUAUCAGAUUUUGCAAGUUAUGCCAUUACUCGGAAUCCACACCUAAAAGCUGCCGUUAUAAUUAACAAAAUACCAAGAGGGUUGUUUAAGAUAAUUUUCAAUAAUCCUCUUAUUUUUACCCUAGUAUAUGUUGCCCCCAAUCCAGGCUAGAAUGCUUAAGGAGUGCUUGAAAUGUGGGGGUGGGGGUAAGUGUCAAAGAAAAAUUGCCCAGCCACGCCAAGGUCCACCCACUUCCCCCGCGCUGCUCUAUAAGAGGGAGCGGUGGAGCGCAGCUCGGCAGUGGUUACUUCAGACACACAAAGGAGGAGUUCUCGCUCCUCAGGAAACCCUGCAAGCUCGGAUCGCUACUACAAAAACAUUUGUCUCAGUGGAUUAUCCUCACUGUCAGGAGCCCAGCCAGAAUGAAACUAGUUCACGUCGCUCUGCUCUAUCUCGGUUCUGUGACCUUCUUCGGGGUGGAUGCUGCAAGGGUGGACGUAGCGACAGAGUUAAAAAGAAAAUGGACAAAAUGGGCACUGAGCCGAGCCAAGCGGGACGUGAAGCCUGCGGGCGUGCUCCGAGGGCUGGGGGCAGCCGCCGAUGUGCUGCCUCUCGUAAGAACCCAGGACGUGAAAGAGGAUCUCCGAGUCUCGCAUCCCAGCCGGGAGGAUGCUCACAUCCGCGUCAAGCGCUACCGCCAGAGCAUUAACAGAUUCCCCCACUUCCAAGCCAUCCGCAUGGGGUGCCGCUUCGGGACGUGCACGGUGCAGAGGCUGGUCGACGAGAUCCACAGGACGACCGGCAAUAAGGAUAAGGACGACACCGCCCCCCCCAACAAGAUCAGCCCGCAGGGCUACGGGCGGCGGCGGCGGCGGUCCCUGCCCGAGCGCCGCAGCCCAGCGCGCUCCCCCCGCGCCGGGCGGCGCCCACGGACGCACCGGGCGCAGCCCCUCGACCCCGUCCUGGAGGUGUGAGCGCCGCACGCCCCGGCCGAGGCCGCCCCGACGCAUGGACUGAGGCGCGGACUGAGAUCCGGCAGGAUCCGCGGAGAGCGCCCGCCCGGGCGGGACCCGGCGCGCCCUCCGCGGGGGAGCUGUGAAGGGCCGGGCCCGCCGGGGCUGCGCCCCCCGCACGCCGCCCACUCCCACCCUCCCCGGGCGAGGCCCCGCCGGCUCCCGCACCCGCCGCCCGGGGCUGGAAGGCGCCGCCGAGCCGCCCCCCGCCCGCCGCUGCACCCGGGGGGCCGGGCGGUCCCUCCGGAGCCCUGCCCCGAGGAGGGGAUGCUCUGGGGAGCCCCGCCGCCGGGGGGGACCCGCUGGCGGGCGACUGGCCCCGGCCUCGCCUUCUGCCUCCGGGAGUUUGAGGGUGCCCGUCAGCCCCGGGCAAGGACAGGUCGCCCACAUCUGCUCUACCCUCUGCGUUAUCUGCACCCGGCAGGGAAUCGGACACUCACUAGUCCCUGCGGGGACUGCGAUAUACUUGAACGUCACAGAGAGGAAAAGUGCAAUUGUACGUGGUUUUUGUUAAUUAUAAGUGCGGUGUGUGUGGAUCACGAGAUACGUAUCGGUAUUUAAGGUUGUUCUGUGUCAUGUCAUGUUUGUAUCUUUUUUUUUUUUUGAAAAAUAUAUUUUAUUUUUAUACGUUUUAUAUAUAUAUAUAUAUAUUGCAUACGGGCAUUUUAAAACAUUGUAUCCCCUCUAUUUUUCAUAUCGUGAAUGUCAAACGUUAAACUCUUUUUCCAUACCUUUUUUUAUCUUGCAUUCCAGACUGGUGAAAGAUGUAGAGAAUGUAUCAGCUGUUCUCCAUGGGUAAUAUGUGAAAUAAAAUAAACACAAUUACAUAAAA